AUGAGCCAUCAAGGUAUCGGUACCCUGGUAUGCCGUGCUGCCGUGUUGGCGAAGCUGAGUAUAUCUUCAACCACUUCGUCAGCUCUCGACCUUAGAUCUGGAUGGUGA